AUGAGUAGCAGUGCCUCAUCGUCAACGGCUGGAAGUAAUGCCGCUGGUGCAGCAGCAACGAACCAAUCGGGACAGGCCGGUGAGGUCGGACACGCUACGGACGGAAGUACCAACAGUGGACCGGGUGGAAAUAUCGUGGAAAAGCAGCAAAGUGGUGGCGGAGUACCUGGCGGCCACCCGGGAACGGAACCGCGAACCUCUUCGCCUGCCCACCAUCGAAACGGGGGUGGCGGUGUGGUAGGGACCGGUGGUGGCAGUACCACUAGCAGCGGUACCACCGGAACGGUUCUGCGUCGAAAGACGAACGUUUGUCUCAUCUGUGGCAUCUACACCAAUCUGUCUCUCAACAUAUUCGAGCCCCGGAAUGGACCGAACAUCGUCGAUGUGAUCUACGAGAAGUACAAGUUCCGGGCCGAACGUGGUGACAACGCGGACAAACACAUCUGCUUCAGCUGCAACAACUGGCUCAUCAAUUGGUACUCGCUGCAAAACACUUCGUCUGGCAGUUCGCGAACGUAUGAACCGGCACCAUCGACAAGCCGCUCGUCCUCGGCAGCGGACAGCAGCAACAACAGCCGGCACGGUCGACACCAUGCCCAUAAGCCCCGUACGAAAAGCCAUUAUCGAAACUUUUCCGCCACUGGCGCAUCGAACGAUAAGGAAAAUCGACAACAAAUCCCUGCACCCAUUCCAGAUCAACAUGGUCAGAUAUCUUCCACGACAAACACGACGCCCGAAGAAGAUCACACAAGAUCUCCCCACGCUAGCGUGCAUCCUUACUCGAAAAAGAUUAACAACGCUGCCGCAAGCUCACGAUCGCGAUCGUUUGUGCUCAAGGAAAGGAAUGGUCAAAGAGGUGAGCCACCGACUGGUGGUGGUAAGCAGCACUAUCCCCUGCAGGACUCUGACAAUGUUGUGUCGAGCAGCACGGAACAUUACCUCGAUCCGUACACGUUACUAGUCAAACCGUUCGAAAACCGUCUAAUAGAAAUGCUCGAAGGGCAAGGCACCAGUGUAACGAAAGAAACCGUUACACCUACUAGCGCACGCGUCUGGACACCGCGGACAACGAGCAAUAGCGCCAACGGAAACAGCGUGACCGUGGUCGCUCGACGAAGCAUCGAUGUAAAUGGAAACGUUUCGCCGCCCGUACCACCAAACGACACGGACGAAGAUGACACGAAGGAAAUUGUCAUCAGCUUCGAUACAGCCCUUUCGGAGGUGAUCGAUGUGGUUCCAUCACUGAAAGCUAUACAAUCGUGGAACGUUGAUCCGGUAAGAUCGUUGCCAGCGGAUCCGGUACGAUCGUUACAUAAGCGGUUAUCCUCCGGUGCACUCACUGUUUCGGUAAUCAACGGUACAGGAAUGUCCAAUUCCGGUGCUUAUUAA